AUGGAGAGCCAAGAAUAUAAAAAAUCCAAAGUUAUCAAAAUAGACUCAAAAGAAUCAUGGGAACAUUAUAUCUCUUAUGCUACCAAUCAAAAUUACCCUGUUGUGGUUCAUUUCUCUGCCUUUUGGUGUGUGCCAUCUAUAAUUAUGAAUCCUUUCUUUCAAAAGCUUGCAUCCAACUAUCAAGAUGUUUUGUUUCUGACAAUGGAUGUGGAUGAGGUUAAGGAAAUUUCCUCUAAGAUGGAAAUUAAAGCUAUACCUACUUUUCUGUUAUUGAGUGGAGGAACACCUGUGGACAAAAUUGUGGGUGCAAAUCCUGAUGAAGUAAAGAGAAGAGUGGAUCAUUUUAUUCAAUCAACUUCAUCCAACAAAUCUAUUGUGGAAACAAUGAAAUGA